AUGCUUGAACAUGAUCCUCACUACCCGUGGUUAGAACCAACUACCUCCUUGUAUAAGCAUUAUGCUACAAUCACCACCUAUCCUGACUGUGACUUGAACCCACUACCUCUGACCCAGGGCUUUUGCCCGGGAACUUCAGUACCCGGACCUACGGACCAAGCUACCUCUGAAACUCGAGCAGAUAUACCCCAAGAGCUUAUCUCACCUUGUCCUGAUCACCUACACCAUUUGGCAUCUUCAAAUCGAGAUUCUACACCUGCGGAUCAACCAUCUGAAGCUCUUGGCCUUCUCACAGUUCUUUCGGAUGAUCGAAUCUCUUAUCUCGAAAAACCACCUCAAUCACCUCCUAACCUUCUUAUACAAUCUCACUCGAGUAUAACACCUUUGCUUGAACUUUCCCUAAGCUCAAUCACCUUCAGGAAACCUAUAGCACCAAUGGCUCCAUCCACUCCUGCUUCUCGACGAGGAUCAGCCCUCAAGAACUCGAGCUCUUCCAGAAAGAGCAGUCCUCAUGUGACUCCUUCUGGUCACUUACCUCGCAAGGUGGCCCGUUUAUCCGCCUCCACCAGCUCCAACACGAUGGCUAUCGACCAGCCUUCGACUUCCAGUCAACCUGCCCCUAUCAAUGACGAGCCGAUGGGGCCUCCCAACACCCAAGUCACCGAUUCUACGGCUGAUGCUCCGUCUGAGGCUACUACGGUGCCUGCUAAUCCCACCCCGGAUCUUCCUGCUGAGCCUGCUCCUACGAGUACCGCCUCUAAGCGUCCUCUCCCAAGUUCUGACCUGUCUGACACAGGAUCAGACUCUGAUUCCACCGCUUCGUCCGACGAUGGCCUCUCUGAGGAGGAGAUAGCUCUUGCUUCUUCUCCUCCUGCUGGUACCUCUGUUACCCCUCAAGUUCUCGACGAUGAGGUCGAGAUCACCGGUGGAACCCUCCCUGCCACUUCUAGUUUGCAAGUUACUGACAAACCUUACCCUGGUCCAGGUCACCUCACCUUGCGUACCACGAAUCCCUCUGAGGAUACCGCUCGGUAUGCCUUAGCCCCUACCACCAAUCUCCCUCAUGAGAUGCGCCUCUGGUGGAGUCUUUACCACGCCGACCAUGUCACGCCUGCCGACAAUCAGCUCUGGGCGAUGGUUGUCCUCCUUGGUGACUUCAAGCGUCACUAUGCUCCUUUUGAGGUAAUCUCAGACCUCCUCUCCCCUUAUGUCAAUCAUGUCUCCCAGAUUGUUGGCCCUGGCAACAACCGCUUCUACCUUGUGCGAUUUCGAUCCAGCACCACCCAAACUCGCCUCACUCGUAAGGUGGAUCAGUUUGAACGUGGUGUUUUCGUUCAACAAACCGGCAACCUCAAAUCUGCGGUCCUCAUCUACGGUUUAAGUCACGUCUCAGCUUUGAUCCCCCGCAUGUCCAGCCUCCUGUUGCAAGUCACAGGUAUACCUUUCCACCUCCAUCACCGUGUUAUCAUGAAGGAGAUCUAUGGAGCCUUAUGGACUCAAACCGCCAACGAUCACCUUGCUAUCGUCGAGAUCCGUGAACUCUCCUCUCGCCCUCUCUUCACCUACCAAGGAGGUAGGAUCUUUGAGGUUGUCUUCAAACCUGAUGCGACUCAUCGCUGGUUUCAACUCUUGUCUCUCAAGGACAAGUUCUUACCUAUGGCUGGAUGGGACGCUCGAGGACGUCAGACUCCGCGUACCUUCAACUCCCACUGGAAGUAUCUUCCUUACUGUCCUAACUGCAUGUCUUCUACUCACGAUGCAGGUCAUAGGCCUGUCUGUGGCUACCUCACCAUUCGAGACAACUUAUGGUAUCGUCACAGCCUCAAUCGGUCCUCUUCAUCUGCUCCAACCUCUGGACUUGCUCCUAUCCCUCAAGUCUCUGUCACCACUGUGGCUGAGAACCUUGUCCCUACUACCAUCGAACGUAUGGGUUCCUUCACUCGUCAGACUUAA